GCAUACGAUAGUUCAAAUAAAGUAAGUAGGAAAAACCAAAAUGAAGCAAGUGAUACAAGUGACACAAGUGAUGUAGAACAGAAAACUUGGGUAAAUGAAGCAGGUCAAGAAAAUGAAGAAAGUAAGGCUAGUGAAGCAAGUAAAGGAAGUGAGAGCUCUUUUGAAGCGUUAAGUCAUAAUAGAGAAGAGGCAAAUAACUUAGAUAUAAUUUCAGUAAAAGUAGAGGAUCCGUUGAAAGAUUUUGAACAUACCGAAGAACACAUACAAUGA